AUGUGGAUAACCUCUAGAGUGAACCUGAUUCAGCAAGCAUCGAUCUUACAUUCUCUCACAAAAGAAGCACUUUUGGAUCAAGAAAAUGAUUCAGUAAGAGUCCCAUUGCAGUCCUCAAAUUCUCAGAGUAGAGAGAAAAUCUCAUCCAAUGAUAAUGAGCAGGGCGAGGCUAAAAGAAUUAAAGACUGGAGGGCUGAAAUGAAGUUUCCGGUUCCUGAUUACAUUAAGCAGCAAGAUGAAGAAAAUAAAAUGACCAAUUGGAAAAAGAUCUCACAUUUUAUCCUUUUUGAAAAAUAACUUCGAGACUACACUUGACUCUAUUAGAGCUAAGAGAGGCCUCCAGCCGCUGAAAAGAGAAUCAAAAGGGUCAAAGAAGACCUCUAAGACCCAAAAGAAGUUCGAUACCUUCAUGGAUACGAAAAAGAAAACUGCUGAAUUAUUGAAGGAUAAGAAUCUUCCUGAAAAUUUUAUCGACAAUAUUCUAAACAUUCUCAAAGUGUCAAUCUUUAACUUCGUCGUUAAAGGGCUUAAAAAGAUGGGUAAGAAAAUAGUCCUGAAGAACAAGAGCAAGAAGAGAGCCAAGAGGGUCAAUCUGGUAUCCAAGUAUACUAAAAUGCAGACAAGGAUAAAACCCGUUUAUAAAGGGAAGAAAAUUCUUGCUUCUCCUAAGAACUUGAAACCAAAAAUAAAGGAGAUAAAUAGCUCAGUCAUCAAAGAAAGAUUUGAUGCUCUUAAAGAGAAAAUUAUGGCUCGUCGACAGAGAAAUUUUAAUGAGUCACAAUCAAUGUUAAACAAUGAUAAAUCCUCUCUGAUAGCAACUACAAAUUAUCUAAACAACUCUUUCUAUGACCAAAAUAGUGAUAUGGACAAGAGUCUUCUAAGAACGGAGAAUAAAAUGUCCAGUUUCAGACCAAAGAGGUUAUUGAGCAACCAGAAGCCAACACUGAACCAAAAUUCUAGCGGAAAUUUAUGAAAAUAACCAGCUUCCAAUGCAACCUAAGACAUUCCAUACAAGAAAGAAGGCCUUUAUAUAAAAGCUGAAUUAAAUCCUUUAUUUCAGAAGAAGAGAAAUGAAAGACCUCUUCUUACUAGUUUGAGAUAUGCUGACUCAAAGGAGCUCAAAAGCAUGAUCAAGGAGACCACUAAGAAUAGAGAAAAGAAAAUUUUCAAGAGCGCUUUUGACUUUGAACUGAGCAUUAAGCAUAAUAAUCCCUUUAAAAAGGCACCGCAGAAAUAUGGCUUCGCUAAUUUUGCCAGUCAAAGGAUCUCUUUAGGUACUGAUGAUAUUGUUAGGCUAAAAUUUGACGGACCAAAAGUUAGCAAAGUUGGCUAUAAGACAAGAUACAAAGCUGCUAGCCAAAGAGUAUCUCCAAAUAGGCUUGCUACCGCCAUUGCUGAGAGAAGGGAGCUAUAAUUUUGAAUAAAAUUUUC